AUGUCGGGCUCACGACAGCAGCCAGGACUGGCUUGCGAGGAAUGCCGCAAAAAGAAACUUCGAUGCGAUAGACGACGACCUCAAUGUGACCAAUGUGAGGACUCGGGCACAGCAUGCCUCAUCAAUCAGGUUCGCUCACCACGGGGACCUAAGAAAGGACAUCUCAAGGCUUUGCGCAAUCGCAUUGCCACCUUGGAAAGCAUCAUAAAUUGUGAUCAGGGCAAUCUCGGUCCCAAGGAAGUAUUGGACGGCAAUGAGAAAUAUAACUCCGACGGGACCGCUCAAAUGCUCAGUCCACCCCAAGACUAUAUCCCCAAUGUCACGAAGACCGAAUGUCAUGAUAUCCCCUACUCGAUUGAUGCAUCAGCAAUAACCUCACCUAUUACACCGAUGACCCCACCUAAUAAUGAGAGCUCAGAUAUGAUAGAGGCAGAUCUAGUACAUCCCGUCGCGCCGAUGCUCCACCAAGGCCGGUACUUCUCCUGGUCACAGAGAUUCAACAAACCAGCCUCUUACAUCUGCCUGCAAUUUGCAAUGUGGGCACUUGCAGCGGCCUCGUCCGCCCAUUUACAGCACAUGCGGGAGUCUCUCUACACCCGUGUGCGGUCCGGCAUUGAAGCUCUCGACCAAGAUAUUGAAUCUAGCAGUGCGGCCUGCCUCCAGGCAGCCCAAGCAUGGCUUCUUCUAACGCACUACGAAUUCCGCUACAUGAGCUACCGCCGAGCAUGGCUUACAGCAGGACGCGCCUUUCGCAUUAUCCAACUUGCCAAAUUACACGAAAUUGAUCGGCUCAAUGACGUUACCAUGAACAUGGCACAUCCCGAAGCAUGGGCCGAGGCCGAGGAAAAGCGACGGACGUACUGGCUGGCAUAUUGUCUAGACCGCUUCCUCAAUAUCUCUGACGAGUGGCCUCUAAGUCUACACGAGGAAGCACUCUGCAUAUAUCUCCCCGUAUCGGAGUCGGAUUUCCAACACAGCAGGCCAGUCAUUAUGGACUCCUUAUAUGACGAGAUCGAGACCUCCGGACAGAAAAUGCUACCGCCUUUCGCGGAGACAAUCGUCCUGAUCACGCUAUGCUGGCACAGCGUUGCAUUCCAGCGAGCCGCGCGUGGUGGCAAAACAUCUCCGAGCGACGGAGAUACCUGGAAGCGCCAUACCCGGCUAUACCAAAUGGUACAACAGCGGCUGAUGCUGGUCUCACUACCCCCAUCCUCGCCCGAACUCCACGACCCUAUGCGCCUCUUCACAAACAUGCUCGCCAAUGCCGCCGUGAUAUGGUUCUACAACAUAAUGGAGGCCCUGCAGGUGGAAAUUGAUGAUGAGAUCAUUUUGGUUCCCCUCUACUCCGCGUACGAGAUAGUAGAUUUGGCGAAGCCGCUCACCCGAUCCAGCUUUUUCAAGGCGCAUGCAUUUUCUCCCAUGUUACUCUAUCUCUCGGCAAAGUUUCUCAAGGCACAUGCCGAUCAACUGAGUACAUGUCUCUCCGCGUCGGAGGAUAACCAGCAAAAGUUGGAGGAUUUGAGAAAGGCCUUGCGAGUUUUGCAGAAUCGUUGCACAAAUUGUGCAACCUGUCGACCGUUCAAGGGUCAGCCGGAGCCACCUUUCUUUUUGGAUAUAAUGAAUCUUCUUUAG